AUGACACAGGACGACAGUGCGAGGAUCAUGUGCGCUGAUGCACCAGAGGCAGCCUCCAAAAUGAAGUCGAGGCCAGAUUCCACAGCCGGCGUCCCGUCCUUGUCAACCGAUAGCGCUUCCACACGCUCAACAUCCUCGAGUCUGUCGCUGCGUACCAUGUGGGCAUCGGGAGUUAUCGGCGGCGGUAUUUUGGAAGAGGAUGAUACGGGAGCCCUUGUCUUGCCCCCUGACCAUAUCAACCAACGGCAUAUACAGUCUCCUUCCCCGCCGUCUUCACCUCUUCUUCGUCAGCAGCAAAUAUAUACCUGCCUCUUUCACAUACUCGACUGCCACGACACUUUCGACAAUUGCGAGCAAUGGAAGACGCAUGUUUUAAGUCAUUUUCGUAUGCAUGAGCCCCCGGACACAGCUCGAUGUCCAUUAUGUCCAGCGCAGCGAUUCAGCAGCACUCCCCAUCAGAGAGCCUGGGAUCUUAUGCUCAAGCAUGUGGAUGUGGCCCACUAUCAACAGGGCCAGACUCUCGCAGGAAGUCGGCCCGAUUUCGAACUAAUGCGAUAUCUUUAUAACCUGAGGGUGAUCAGCGUUGAACAGUUCAAGGCUAUGCAGCUUGCACCCCAGCCAUCCAGCCCGGCAUAUCAUCGGCGGCAGGACACGAGUGUGGUGGAUAUAUCUCAUGUGGCUGUACUGCGCUCAAGUAACCUUGCAUUGAGUUGCGCUUUUUGCAGAAACCCUUUCCACGCGGAAUGA